UUCGUUCAACGGUCGGAAAAUUUCUCUAAAACUCGACAACCAGCUACAUUUAAGUCAGAAUUUUAAUAUCUGUGUAUAUACAUGUACCUAGUUUUCUUAGACUAUAUCGUCACGAAAAGGAAACCUCAUAUAUUAGAAAUUCCAAAGUCCAUGAAAUACAGAAGAAGGGCCUCUUUUCAGUACUCGAUCUUCUCUUUCAUAUGAUGGAAGAAUCGGAAACAAGCAGAGACAGACAGAUAAUAAGAUGUAAAACAGGUAUCCGAAAACAAUUCCGACUUUUUUAAUCUUUCAGCGGAUGUUCUUGGAGGUAUGAAACAUUCCUUUUCUCAUAUUAGCGUUUAACGACAGCAAUAAGAACACAUUAUUCAUGGAUUCUCGGCAUUGUUUGAAUUGACUCAGAGACAUCCCCCAAAUUACUGGCACGUUUUGUGAUAGCCCUGUUCUAUUGAAGUGCUAAAAAAAGUGAUUGUUGGUUAAACAAAUUUAUAUGUUCGAAUAUAAGCGCAUGCGUAUUGAAUAAGUUGCUUUCCUUGUCGAUCUGAAUUUGAACAUACUUAUUGGAUUAGACUACAAGUUUUGACAUAUUUUUUGCAAUCACUGCAAAGUGCCAUUUUCACUUUUAGAAGACAUACGCAUUCCUGUGCCGAUAAGAGAGAAAAUAUUUAGUGUUCAGACAACAAACACUUUAACACAAAAAAGCGGAUUGACAGAGCGCAGUUUACACGAGAAAUUUUCAUAUUUUUGCGUCCUAUUGGCAUGCUGGCAGAUUCUUUUCUCUGAUUUAGAUCCUUAAUUCCUAACAACGACAGAAAAAGAAAGGAAGCCUAUUCUACAAUAUCUGUUUUUUCUCUCUAGAAGUGUUGCCCUCCUGCUGCAGAUAAAUGUAUUCUUGAAGAUGCCAUGGCAGUAUCGAACACAUUAAAGGUCUUGACUUUAUAAGUGUUCGAUUUUUGUCACACUUCUUGACGGCCAUUUGAAAUUUCGAGACAAAAUAAUCCACUCAGCCAGUAUGAUUUGCCGAUAUCAACAGAUGAGUCAAGAUGUCUCCAUCUUCAAAGUUCUAACGUGUUCGUUCUGUUACGUUUACAUGUUCAAAUCGGACACGCAGCUUAACCUUACCUUUACUGCUUCCGGACCUGUGUUCAAAGCUGGUCCAGCGGCCCAAUAUAAAUAUUCGUAUCCUUCCGGAUCAAUCUACAGGGCCGACUUGGAUAAUAGUUCUAUGGUGAAACAAAUUUGUGAACCUCUGAGUAAACAAGAAUGUGAAAAGUGGACAACUUGUUGUCAGGCAGCGACGAAAUGUUGUCAACGGCAACUAAAUCAACCUCCCCCGCCAACAAAUUGGUCACACUGUCCUCGAACGUGGGAUGGAUAUGGAUGUUUUGACGACACUGCAGCCGGAAGUAUUGCAUACGUCAAGUGUCCCUCAUACCUGGACCAUGCAAGUGAUCAUGAAAAUGCCUAUAAGGUAUGUUGGCCGAACGGUACAUGGUUUGUACACCCUCUCUCAGGACGACAGUGGACCAAUUACAGUACCUGUGUUCAUAGUAAAGUCAAGGGUCAAAUGAUGCUGAUAUACCUAGGACUGGGCUGUAAUCUAGUCAGUCUAUCUCUCCUCAUACCAUCGUGCAUCAUAUUUCUGGCAUUCAGGCAGCUUCGUGAUCAACAAAGAGUUCGUCUUCACAUUUGUUUCUUCUCUUCCUUUAUCGCCACUUCAAUCAUUGCAGUAUUAUGGGAUUUCAUCGUCGUCUCUGACAGAAUGCACAAUGCUGGGGGCAAAAGCAUAAUUGAACAAAAUAUGGGAGGAUGUAAGUUUUUGUACGUUUUAAAACGGUAUACCCAGUCUGCUAAUUACUUUUGGAUGUUUUGUGAAGGGUUUCACUUGCAUCGCCUGAUUGUACGUGCAUUCGAAAUCCCCAAAUCUCUUGUCAUAUACUACGUCAUCGGUAUAGGUGCUCCUUGGAUUCCCGUAGUUGUGUAUUCCAUAAUCAAGGCUAGCGUGUCUGAGUUUGACCAAAAUUGCUGGAUAAAUAAUAUCAAUGGAUUUGAAUGGCUGAUCUACACGCCAAAUCUACUCUGCCUAUUUGCAAAUGUUUUCUUCCUUGGGAAUAUUCUAUAUAUUCUCUUGACUCAACUACAGUCUCAUCCCAACGAACCAAGUGGAUAUAGGCGAGCUAUAAAGGCUACUUUUGUUCUUAUUCCCUUGUUUGGAAUUCAGUGGGCAGCGGUCAUCUACAGGCCGGCCAAUGCAAUGUGGUACGAAAUCCUGCGACUCAUCAUACAGGACACGCAGGGUGCAUUUGUAUCAUUGAUAUUCUGCAUCUUCAAUGGAGAGGUACACGGACACCUGAAAAACUGUUUCAGCCGGAUAUCCGGCAGACCACUAUAUCGACCUCGUCGUGAGUUAAGCACCACUUCCGGGACUGUUUAUACGCAGGUGCGAACUUCGACAGCAACAGAUUUUAACCGCGACUCGUACAGAGAUUCAUUUAACCGUGACUCUUUACACAGAGAGGAUUUAAAUUCUAACGGUCGACAGGAGACGCUUCCAUUGAACCUCAGCGAAGAAUCAUUCUGUGGUGAAAAGACAGAAAAUGGACACCUAGUGGAGUCUGAAGUAAAAUGAUUAAACUCAGGAUAUUUGUUUAUCCAAAAAAGGAACUAUCAGUAUUUUCUAUUCAUGCAUUUGAUUGAAGACGCUACAUUCUUAAAAUACAAAUUUGAUAGACAGAAAAUGUUUUAAAUCAAGUUUCAGUACUUUGUAAAUUGGAGCAAGUAUGCUAUUGUAUGAUAUUUUUAUUUCAUUUCCGCCAUUUACAACGACCAGUUCAUGUCAAUAUCAUGACGGUAUUUUCGUCAUAUAUCAUGUAAUUCAUAUGAUUCAUUAAAGCUUAACUUUCUCAUUAAAUUCUCUACUAAGUGUA